GAAGACGACACCGGAAGCACGGAGCUGUCACUUUUGUAACAGUCCAACGCCGCUGUUUGUAUGGAACCAAACCGAGCUAAACACGGAGUUGUAAUUUUACUCGUCGCUCUGUUUAAGCAGCAGCAUGGAGCCUCCAGAGUCAGUCGGAGUGGACGCUGCUGCCCCCGGCCCAGAGCAGAGCCCCAAGCCGGAGCUUUCUGCGGCGAUGCGGGCUAAGAUCGAGAGGAACCGGCAGCGGGCGUUGAUGCUCCGACAAGCCCGACUCGCGAGUCGCCCUUUGUCCGCAGUGGACGGCGCUACUUCGGCCAAAGUUUCCAAAACCAUUGACUCCGGUGCCGGCUUCUUCAUCGAGGAGGAGGAGGACGGAGAGGCGGAGCAGCAGGCCAGGAAGGUGGUGCACCAGCCAGCUCCAGUGAUUGAACCAGAUUACCUGCUGUGUGAUGACUGUCAGAAACCCUUCAUGGACUCCUACCUCAGCAACAGCUUUGACCUGUCAGUGUGUGACAAGUGCAGAAAUAACGACGAGAAACACAAGCUGAUCUCCAGAACGGAGGCCAAGCAGCGCUACCUGCUGAAAGACUGCGAUCUGGACAAGAGAGAGCCUCCUCUCAGGUUCAUACUGAAGAAGAACCCUCAUAACCCGCGAUGGGGAGACAUGAAACUCUACCUCCAGCUACAGGUGGAGAAGAGAUGUCUGGAGGUUUGGGGUUCAGAGGAGGCUCUAGAGGAAGCCAAAGAGACGAGGGAGGAGAACAGAGAGGUGCAGAAACAAAAACGCUUCAACAAGAAGGUCAAAGAGCUGCGCAGGGCAGUGAGGAGCAGCAUGUGGACCAAAAACACCAGCGCUCACCAGCAUCAGUACGGACCAGAGGAGAUGGUGGAUCCAGAGGAGGACCUCUACAAGAAAACCUGCACCACCUGCGGUCAUGAACUCACCUACGAGAAGAUGUAGACUCUCACACACUGACUGUUACAGACUCAGUCGACUCGGACAAGAUGUUUGGUGCUUCUUCAGGUAACCACACUUCUCCCAAACCAAGUAGUGUUUCUUUUUUUUCCUCUUGUUAAUUAAUGAAAACACUCCUUCCUGAUCACAUCCAAGGGGCCAAAAUCAUGUGAAGGUUCAGUAAUCAGUUCUAUUUUGAAAUGCUGUUACUCACAUCAACUCAUCUCAAAAUUGCUGUAGAUAUUUUUAGCUCUAACUUUUUGCAGAUUGCUUGCAACAUUUCUUCCUCUCAGAAUUCGGCAAAUAGAGGAAGGCACGGUAGUGAAACUUGAAAAUACUGUCUUGCGUAAAACAGUGAAUUGUGGGAAUGAAAUGACUGAAGUAGAUACUAGCAAUUAGGAGAAAAAGAAGAAAAAUGUAAAUUUAGAAAAAGGGGAUUCCUUUAUAGUAUUUCAUGUUGUUUCUUACAGAUGUGUUUGCCAUCAUAUUCCAUGCCGAAAUCUUACAGCUCACAUCACCUGUAGUGGCCUUAUACAUUUUUACUGUUUUGGGUUACAAGUCUUGUGACUGUGGCGCAAAACAAGACACAACUUCUGCCGUUUUAACUGAAUAAAAACUGCAGAUCCACAAACAUCACUAACCCGUCCAGGUCAUGUUACAUUUCUGUCUGUGCUGGAUCAACACAUAAACUUGUGCACCGUGAUCUCAGGCGAGUUGCCAACUAUGUCUGCUGCAAAAGUAGUGACUUUAGUGGAUUAAUGGAUUUCUAUCUUGUCUUCCAAAGUACAGUCCAAAACUAUUUAUCAUCAAAUAUCAUUAGACGAAUAUAUUCUAGUGCACAGACCUCAGCUCGGCCUCUUGUUGCUGUGAAAUGGCUCAAAUAUGUGACACCAGACUGAUUUUCUUGUGGAUGACAUUUGAUACCAUCAGCUGUUAGGAAGUCGGCCGUUAUAAUCCAGAAAUUUCCCGUGGUGAUGUUGAAGAAGUGGUGCAGUUGUUUUGGAAAGACAAUAAUGAGAUUUCAAAUCAACAUGUUUACAUGUUUGUACAUUUUUUUUCUGUGUUGAUGAAAUGUUUUGUCACAUUGAAGUUCAAAUAAUAAAUGAAUUAUUGAGUAAAUG